GUAGAAGUAUGUGCUAACUGACACCUAAACUGAACAGUUUAUUAUUCGUUACAAAAGAUUAAGGAAAGAAAAAUGGAACUAUUUAUUGUGUUUUUCCUUCGAUCUGAUCAAGUGAAAUAUAGUGAACGGGAUCAGUAGAUAGGUAAGUAUAUGCAAUACAUAAACAUACACGUACACACAUAUCAACUCAAUUGUGUGUUAACUUAAUAGAGUCUAAACGUUGCUUGACAAAUUUCUGUUAUCAGUAGGAAAACAUUGAACACAAUGAAUGUAUCAUUAGCUGAAAGAUUAUGGAAAAUUAUCUUCAUCGUUUUUAAUAGUAUCUUUAUUUUGUUUGGUUUUAUACUAUUCGUUAUUGGUAUUAAAGCACAGACAACUUUUGCAAAGUAUAAUACAAUUAUACAAGCUUCAACACCAGCCAUCUUUCCAACUAUCAUUUUCACCGGGAUAUUCAGUAUUCUAACUGGAUGUAUAGGAUUUGUUGGUGUAUUUAAACAAAAACCUAUUUUCUUCAUUUUGCAUCUUGUUGGUUUAGGUGUUGCUACGAUUAUUGACUUCGCUAUAGCAACAGCAUCUGCUGUGGUACAUGAUAAAUUCCCCAUUAUGGCACAUGAUGCAUUACGCAGUGCUGUUAGAUAUUAUUAUUAUAGACAUGAUAUUCAAACAGAUUUUGACAAGUUGCAAGGAAAUUUAAAGUGUUGUGGAGCAACAUCAUUCUUGGAUUAUACACGAAUGGGUGCCAAUGUACCAUUCUCUUGUCGUAUUGGUGAUCUAGUUUACGCUGAAGGUUGUGUUCAUGUAUUGUCUGAGUUAGUACAACAUUACAUCAUUGUGAUAAUCAGUUUAUGCUUUGUGUUCGCUAUUAUCCAAAGUAUCUUCUUGAUUAUCUCAAUCCUACUAUUUCGUAAAUCAGAAGCAAAAUUGGGAUCUGUGUAAACCUUUUCUAUGAGUGUUCUUAUUGAAAAACACAAUUUUAAGAAUAAAAAUUAAAUUGAGUUCAUUAUAAAAGUAAACAUUAUUAUUCAUAUAAUGACUGAAUACUAACUGUUUUUGUAACAGUUAACAUUUACAAGGUAACGAUAAAUCAUUCAUUUUUUUUCAAAAUUUUCAGUAAUUUUCUUAUUUUUUAUCAUUAAAACAAAAUAUAUACAUUUGAUUGUUUU